AUGCUAAAUCCUCUGUCACAUUCAUUUCACCUUCUCUUUCCUUUCACGGAUUUUCCCUCUUUUCCCUCGACUCUCCUUGGCUCUUCUUACUCUCCUUUCGUUUACCGCCUCCCCUCUUCGUAUCUGGCUGAUCGCUCAGCUUCUCCGUCAUACAUCAGUGCCCGUUGUUCGCAACUUACUUGCCCUUCUCCCCAAUUUCAAUCUUUUCUGCCUGCACAUAUUUCUCUUUCAACCAUUCAAAGUGCGUCCCCCCCACUUCAGUCCGUUCGUCUCUGGCGCUGUGUAACAAAUCAGCAGACCCCUCGACCCACCAACCUAACGACAAAAGAGUUCAUCAUGCACACAGACGCAUAUACCCAUCUAUCUAUCUAUCUAUCUAUCUAUCUAUCUAUCUAUCUAUCUAUCUAUCUAUCUAUGUCUCUCGGAGACGUUAUAUUUUGCGAUGAUGUGGCAAGUAUGUGA